AUGCCGCCUUCAUAUGCUGGCCUGUCUGGCCGGCCACUAUCGUUGGCAGUGUCAACUGUGGCCACAAUGGGUUUCUUGCUGUUCGGAUAUGACCAGGGUGUCAUGUCGGGUAUCAUCAGUGACGAUGCCUUCGCCAAGGUGUUCACUGCUACCAAGGACGAUUCGACAAUGCAGGCCCUGGUGACCGCUGUCUACGAACUUGGCUGUUUGGCGGGUGCCUUAUUCGCUCUGAUCUUUGGUGAUCGCACGGGUCGUCGCUGGAUGAUCUUCUCCGGUGCGAUUGUCAUGAUCAUUGGUGUCAUUAUCCAGGUUACCUCGUUUGUCGGACACAUCCCGCUCCUCCAAUUCUUCAUCGGUCGUGUUAUCACCGGUAUCGGAAACGGCAUGAACACAUCGACCAUCCCCACCUACCAGGCCGAGUGCUCCAAGACCAGCAACCGUGGUCUGUUGAUCUGUAUUGAGGGUGGUGUGAUUGCCAUCGGUACCGCCAUCGCAUACUGGAUCGAUUUCGGCGCCCACUACGGUCCGGAUGAUCUGGUUUGGCGUUUCCCCAUCGCUUUCCAGAUUUUCUUCGGUAUUAUCAUCAUUGUUGGCAUGUUCUUCUUGCCUGAUUCCCCUCGCUAUCUGAUCUCCAAGGAUCGCAUCCAGGAGGGCGAGCGUGUGCUCGCUGCCUUGGCUGGCCGCGAGAUUGAUGAUCCCGAAACCCAGGUUCAGAAGCAGCUCGUCAUCGAGUCCAUCAGGGCUUCUGGUGCUGGUCAGAAGACCCGAUUCAAGGAUCUGCUCACUGGUGGCCGUACCCAGCAUUUCCGUCGUAUGCUUGUUGGCUCCUCUUCUCAGAUCUUCCAGCAGCUUGGCGGUUGCAACGCGGUCAUCUACUAUCUCCCCGUGUUGCUGAAGGAAUCCCUCAACCAGACUAACGAUAUGGCCUUGCUGAUUGGUGGUAUCAACAUGAUCGUCUAUUCCAUCUUCGCCACAUUCUCCUGGUUCUUCAUUGAGAAGAUCGGCCGUCGCAAGCUCUUCCUGGGAGGUUCUUUCCUCCAGGCCAUCUCCAUGGUCAUCACGUUCGCUUGCUUGAUUCCCGGUGACGAGGAGACCUCCAAGGGCGCUGUAUUUGGUCUCUUCCUGUACAUGGCCGCCUUUGGUGCUGCUUGGCUGCCUCUGCCCUGGCUGUACCCCGCUGAGCUGUCUCCUAUCAAGACCAGAGCCAAGGCCAACGCUGUCUCUACCUGCAGCAACUGGCUUUUCAACUUCACGGUCGUCAUGAUCACACCGGUCAUGAUCGCCAACAUCGGCUGGGGUACCUAUCUCUUCUUUGCGGCUAUGAAUGCCCUGUUCAUUCCCGUGAUCUGGUUCUUCUACCCGGAAACCGCCAACCGAAGUCUGGAAGAAAUCGAUCUUAUCUUCGCCAAGGGUUAUGCUGAGAACAUCAGCUAUGUCAAGGCUUCCAAGGAACUGCCCAAGCUGGAAGACCACGAGAUCGAAGUCGAGGCUGCCAAGUAUGGUUCUAGCGACUCCAUCGAUGACAUGGAGAAGGCUCAUGCCGAGCAUAACCUUGCCGAGCGCUUGGAGAGUACUCAGUAA